CUAGCGCAUCACUUCUCUUUUACUCUCACCGUGUGCAUCGUCCGGCAACACCUCUUCAGCCGCUUCGUCUGACAUCGCCGUCGUCCGCCAGCAUCGCUACGAGUAUUACUUUAGAUUUCCGGGUUUCCAGCUAGAAGAUCCUAACAGCAUAAUACCACAAUGUUCAGCAACAACAACAACAGCGUAUCGAUCUCAGUGUCGGACGACGAGCCUAACGAUCUGAACCGGAUCCGAACCCGAACCCGUAGAAAACGGAAGAAACCGGGUCACCGAACCACCUUCGAGCUCCCACGCUACUUUCUUAGGCUUCUCCACAGGUACUGGAUCGUCUUGGUCUUUCUUCUCGCGGUUGGAUUGCUAGUCUUUGAAUCGACGAGCAUCGGGACGAAAUCUGAGCUCAAAAUUCCAGAUUCGAGCGGAAAAAGCAAGAAAAAUGAUGGGAAUUUGAAUAGAUUGGAUCCAACGACAAAGGUUAUUGGUGGUGUUAGGCAGCGUUGUUUGAAGCUUCUGCCUCCUGAAGAGCUUGAGCAUCUUGAUAUCUUAGAGCGUAAACAUUCAAGCUCUCCUGUUAAGAAAGUUGUGUACCUAACCGAUACAAAUGCUUCUUCUAUGGACGAAGAGAAAGCUGUUCGUGGUAAUGGGACGCGUUUUAAUUUAUUUACGGGGAACCAGACUUUUGCUGAGAGAGAGAAUAGUUUUCAGGUAAGAGAAACAGUUUCAGUGCAUUGUGGGUUUUUCAAUGAGAAUGGGGGAUUUAGGAUCUCAGAUGAGGAUAAGAAGUUUAUGAAAAGUUGUGAAGUAGUAGUCUCGACGUGUGCGUUUGGUGGUGGAGAUAACCUUUACGAACCUAUUGGAAUGUCCAAGGCAUCAACUCAAAAGGUUUGCUACGUUGCGUUUUGGGAUGAUGUUACACUCGCAACACAGGAAGCAGAAGGUCAUAAAGUUGGCGAGGAUGGAUACAUUGGAAAAUGGCGAAUUGUGGUUGUAAAGGAUCUGCCUUUUUCAGACCAAAGGCUUAAUGGAAAAAUCCCAAAGAUGCUCUCUCAUCGGCUUUUCCCGGAAGCCAAGUACUCGAUAUGGGUGGACUCGAAGUCCCAGUUUCGAAGAGACCCUCUGGGUGUAUUAGAUGCUCUACUAUGGCGAACAAACUCUGUGCUUGCGAUUUCAGAACAUGGAGCUCGAAGUAGCGUAUACGACGAGGCAAAAGCUGUCGUCAAGAAACACAAAGCUACACCGGAGGAAGUCGAAGUGCAGAUAAAUCAGUACCGGCGUGACAAAUUACCCGACGAUAAAAGAUUCAACGGGAAAAAAGCUUUGUCUGAAGCUUCUGUGAUUGUGAGGGAACACACUCCAUUGACGAAUCUUUUCAUGUGCCUCUGGUUCAAUGAAGUGGUCCGGUACACGUCGCGUGAUCAGUUGAGUUUCCCAUACGUUUUUUGGCGAUUGAAAGUUCUCAAGAACAUCAAUAUGUUCCCUGUGUGUACACGUAAAGAUCUCGUCAAUAGCAUAGGCCAUGUACGCAAGGCAAAACCGUUGGUUUAGUCUCUAUAAAUUUGUCCUUACCUUAUUUAUUCAUUUUUUCUUUAUAGUCAUUUUGUGUUUAGGUAGUUGAUAAUUGUAACUGAACGGAUAUUUCAAUUUUUUUGUACCAGACAAAGUGAACCAAAAUUAAACCAGAAUAUAUUGUAACUGGAUCGUGAUUC